GCUCGACGUCCGUCCGUGAGAAACUGAACGGACAAGUUGGCUGGUUCCUCCAUUUUGCUCGCGUCUCUACCACGGAAAGCGCGAAGCCGAAGCAAAACGCGAACCUCGCUUCCAGUCAGUCGACGAGUGGAUUUGUUGCUCUGUGGUUGUGUGUGUGUGCGCGGCAAACAGCCGUGAGCGGUUCACAUGUGUCGCGUAGUGGCCACUUGCCCCCUUUCCCCUCACGCACGUGUUACCAUGUUGGGAUUAUUGUGCACAGCUGUCGUACGCCCCGUCCGUAUUUUGUGAACAGUUCAAAAUCCACCAAUCUAUCUUGGAUAUUUAUCACCAUUUUGGAUUACCAAACUAUGAAGGCUGUGGUGUUGCGAAGCCCCAGGUACAGAGCCCUCCGAAACCUCGUAAGAUCCGGGAACAAUUCGUCGAACAUCAGCAACGCCGGAGGCGGCGGCGGCGGCGGAGGAGGAAGCCCGGGCGGCUCCAGGUUGUGCGAAGUGAGGCGGGCGUACAAAUCGGCCGGGGUGCCGUGCAAGACGGCCCGCCGAAGGGCCCGGGGCAUGAGCAUGGGCCAGAAGGUCUCAGGAGGAGUUAAGGCCGUCAAUCGGGAUGCCGCAACGCCGUACAAGCCAGUCAUACCAAGGGAGUUGGCACAGGACUUUGCCCGACCACCCAGACUGGACAUGUUGCUCGACAUGCCGCCAGCACACAGAGACACACAGUUGAAGCAUAGCUGGAACCAGGACGAUCGGUCGCUGAACAUAUUCGUGAAGGAGGACGACAAAUUAACGUUCCACAGACACCCGGUGGCGCAGAGCACCGACUGCAUCAGGGGCAAGGUCGGCUUCACGAAGGGCAUGCACUGUUGGGAGGUUAGCUGGUCAACCCGCGAGAGGGGGACACACGCAGUCGUGGGUGUGGCGACGAAAGAGGCGCCGCUGCAUUCCGUCGGAUAUCAGAGCCUCGUGGGAAGCACGGACACGUCUUGGGGCUGGGAUUUAGGACGUAACAAAUUGUAUCACGACUCGAAAAACGCACCCGGGCUGACGUAUCCAGCACUCUUGAAACCAGAUGAAACCUUUAUAGUGCCCGAUAAAUUUUUAGUAGUAUUAGAUAUGGACGAAGGAACGCUCAGUUUCGUUGUUGAUGGCCAGUAUCUGGGGGUGGCUUUCAGGGGGCUGAAAGGCAGGAAGUUAUAUCCCAUAGUCAGCGCGGUCUGGGGACACUGCGAGAUAACCAUGAAAUACAUUGGUGGAUUAGAUCCUGAGCCGCUUCCACUGAUGGACUUGUGCAGACGGGUGAUAAGACAGCGUCUCGGCAAGCAGCAUCUAGAGGAUAAAGUGAUGACCCUGCAGCUUCCUCAAGCCUUACAGACUUACCUAUUGUACAGAGACAGAAGAUAAUAUCAUAAAGAUAAUUCAGUGUUGUGUGGCCGUGAAAGAACUAAUGGGAGACUGGCGCUUUACUGGGUGUCAGGUUGAAAUUACCAAAAAAUAUUCGAUGUAGAAAAAAAAAAGGUUAUAGAUCGAAAAGUAACGUUUAAGUAAGUACAUCUGCGGAUGCAUGGACAUUUAGGCAGAAACCUUUCAUGUUAUAUGAGGACCCUGGACUUUCUUUUCGAAUUUUCCAACACAAAGUGAUUUCUUUCAACAAUCUGUGAUCAGUUUUUAAAUAGAACCUCCACGAACUUUAUUAUUUUCUCCGUUGACCGUCAAAUUGUUAACUUAGCCGAAGUUGGAUGAUGGAUGGACGUUAGGCCGAAAAUGUUUUUUUUUUUCUUUGUGACUGUGUGAUGAUCUUGAUGAGUUUUCAGAAAUUAAUGGUGGAUCUUCUGAACACGUUUCCGAACCUCCGACGAAAGAGAGACUGAAUUUCGUUUUCGAAUAUCAAUCUUCUAUGAUGAAUACGAAUUAAUUUUUCCAAAGGUUAAUUGGUUUGAGAUUCGAAACAUUCAGCUCUCGCUUUCCAUUGGAGCAGUUCACUUUUGCAACGUCUCAAUAUAUUUGAAAGUCAUCAUCCUUGACUUUAAAGUUGUCACCAUUUGAAUAUGGUUGUUGUGAAAGAAACGUAGACGCAUUCUGGACGUUUUAAAAUCGAAUGCGGUCGCUUCAAAUUCCGUUUACCUCCGGUUUGUGUAUUUGGAGCGUCUCUUAUAUCACUUUUCCGAUCUCAAUGAAUUUAUUUUAAAGUGAGAAAUCGAGAAGAAACAAUGCCAUAAGUUGUAAAUAAUUGUAAACCCUUUCUCAGUCUUCAUAUUUAUAUAUAAUUGUAAUAAUUGGCACAGCUUCCUGAUGAAUAUAGCUUUAUAAUAGUAUUUUUUUGGAUUGCGUCGAAAUUUAAAGAUCUACUCUAUUUACUCGAUAGGGGAGAAAUGCGCGUCGUUUCACUCAUGGAAAAACGAAAAACAUUUCAAUUAACGUCUUCCACUAAAACUCUAGAAGCUUGAAUCUUCCAAAAAAAAAAUUGAUAGCAACUGAAAACUACAACAAUAUAUUUCCAGAAGAUCAAGAAGUGUAUUAGAUUUUCACGUUUGUUCAUGAGGGAAUUUUUGGCAAGUAGUUGUUCCCCUAUUUUUUAAUAACUUUUGAUCAUGUAAAUUGAACACUGUUAUAAAGUUAAGUGAAAUAUUGUAAGGUGGAUUGUGUAUAAUUGAAGACGAAAGUUACAGGCAUCACACCAACAAAUUGAAUGUAAGAAAAUUAGACUUAUUUUUGUAAAUAUUACGUUUUAAGUGCCAGUUACUCUGUAAUUUAUUUCCUUGAACGCAGACAAUUUGAGUGCACCGUUCGGAGAGAUUUAUUCGAAUAAUUUUAGAUCUUUUUGUAGUAAAUUUUCUGUUUAUUGUAUCUUAUUAUAGAAUUUCUCGAAUCUUUUCUAAUGAUUCAGUCGAUUUAUAGAAUGUCAAAGAGUGUAAGUAAAUGUGGUGACGUCUUAGUUUUAGCAUUGUUUCUUAUGAGGAUUUUAUCUUUCGCAUACUACGAAGUGUUCAUUAGGUAACUCUUUUUCAAUUGUUAUAAUUUCUGUUUUUAUCCUGUUUUUAGACAUUAAUCUUUCACAUGAGCGUGGUGUUUCAAUGUUCAGUUCAGACAAAUUGUCAAUGAUACUACACCUGUUUAAAUUAUUUCUGUUGUUGUUUUUAUUUUUUGGAUAAAUUCUCUAACUAUUUUCUGUUCAAAAUAAAUACAAUUUUCUAGAACAUCCCCUUGUUUUCAUCAUUAUUCGAUUGCAAUAGGUUUUGAAUUCUCAAAUUUGACGGGGGAAUUUUUCCCCGCAAAUUCUGUUAGGAAAUUCAAGUAAACAACGAAUAUUUUUAUACUACAUCGCAGAACCCGUAGUUGUAAUUGAUAUAUAUGCCGAAACGUUGAAAGAGAAUUCAGAACAAUUUCAGGGUGUCGUUGAACUGAUUUGUCUCUACUUUGUUGAGCCCGAAAUUCUUCAUUCGUUCAAAAGAUUGCCAAAUUGAUUUUGCAACACUGAAGCAUUUCUUCACAUUCUGUUCGCUCUAUAUGACAUUUCCCGGUUUGAUUUGUUGACAUAUGUAAAUUAUGAAGAAAAAAAAACUGCAAUGAGUAGAGUGACCUGGACUACGAUUAUAGUAGUUUUAUUGUGUUUUUAAGUUUCGCUGUGAAUGUCCAGGCGAAUAAGUUAAUCGAUGUAUGAUUAUUAUAAUGUAAGUAAACUCUUUAAACAUU